UUUCCAACAUGGCUGCGCCCUGGUAGUUUGGAGGCGGGUUUCGAAGGUUUUCUUUUUAAAAGUCUCCCGAGAGAGGAGCUUUCGCGUAAGGAAUCAUGAGGACUGUACUGAUGGUGGCGGAGAAGCCGUCCCUGGCCCAGUCUAUCGCCCAGAUCCUCUCCGGCGGCAGUCUCAAGUCCAGGAAGGGAAUCAAUGGGGCCUGCUCCGUGCACGAAUACACAGGAAAGUUCCAUGGGGAGUCGGUGAAGUUCAAGAUGACGUCCGUGUGCGGUCAUGUGAUGUCACUAGACUUCCAGGGUGUAUACAACAACUGGGACAGGGUGGAUCCGGCUGAUCUCUUCAGAGCACCAACCAACAAGAAGGAAGCUAACCCCAACCUAAAAAUGCCAAAGUUUCUUGAGCUAGAGGGGAGAGGAGCAGACAUCCUGGUCCUGUGGCUGGACUGUGACAAGGAGGGGGAGAACAUCUGUUUUGAGGUCAUUGAUGCCGUCAGGCCGAGUAUGAACAGGCCCAGGGGCAGGGAACAGUACAUCUACCGCAGCAAGUUCAGCGCCAUCACGGAGACGGACAUCCGCGGCGCCAUGAUGCGGCUGGGGGAGCCCAACGAGAACGAGGCCAUGUCGGUGGACGCCCGGCAGGAGCUGGACCUCCGGAUCGGCUGUGCGUUCACCAGGUUCCAGACCAAGUUCUUCCAGGGGAAGUACGGUGACCUUGACAGCAGCCUGAUCUCCUUCGGCCCGUGCCAGACCCCCACCCUGGGGUUCUGUGUGGACAGACACGACCAGAUACAGUCCUUCAAACCUGAGACCUACUGGGUCAUUCAGACACAGGUGAGUGGUAAGAACAACUCUCCCCUCUGGCUGGACUGGGACAGAGUCAGACUGUUUGACAGAGAAGUGGCCCAGACUUUCCUCAACAUUGUCAAGGGGGCCAAGGAAGCAAAAGUUGUGAGUGUGACUAAGAAAGAGAAGGCCAAGCAGCGCCCCAUCGCGCUGAACACUGUAGAGUUACUGCGUGUAGCGAGCUCGUCGCUCGGGAUGGCUCCCCAACACACCAUGCAGGUGGCAGAGAGACUCUACACACAGGGCUACAUCAGUUACCCACGUACGGAGACUACUCACUAUCCGGAGAACUUUGAUCUUAAGGGUACCCUGAGACAGCAGACAGGCAACUCUUCCUGGGGACCAAUAGUCCGAGAAUUGUUGGACAAAGGCAUGCAGAAACCAAGGAAGGGUAGUGAUGCAGGAGACCACCCUCCCAUCACGCCCAUGAGGUCUGCCACAGAGUCGGAGCUCGGCGGGGAGGGCUGGAGGGUGUAUGAGUACAUCACCAGUCACUUCAUCGCUACGGUGUCAAAAGACUGUAAGUACCUGCAGACCACAGUGAAGUUUGACGUGGCUGGAGAGAGCUUCAGCGUGACGGGGAAGACUCUGAUUGACGCAGGCUACACGGCAGUCAUGCACUGGCAGGGCAUCUCAGCUGAGGAGAGUGUGCCGCACUUCGACAAGGGGGAUGUCUGCACUGUUAACGAGGUGAAACUAGCUGAGAAACAGACGAGUCCCCCAGACUACCUAACAGAGGCAGAGCUGAUCAGUUUGAUGGAGAAACAUGGCAUCGGUACAGACGCCAGCAUACCUGUCCACAUCAACAACAUCUGCCAGAGGAACUACGUGACGGUGGGAGGGGGGCGGAAACUGAUCCCCACUCCGCUGGGCAUCGUACUGGUGCACGGAUAUCAGAAGAUUGACCCAGAGCUUGUGCUGCCCCACAUGCGGUCAGCAGUGGAGACCCAGCUAAACCUGAUCGCCCAGGGGAAGGCGAACUACAACGCCGUCUUGCAGCACGCCCUGGACAUCUUCCGGCUCAAGUUUCACUACUUCGUGGACUCGGUCUCGGACAUGGACCAGCUGUUCGAGGUGACUUUCUCACCGCUGGCAGCCAGCGGGAAGCCUCUGUCAAGAUGUGGGAAGUGCCGCAGGUUCAUGAAGUACGUCCAGGCCAAGCCCAGCCGCCUGCACUGCGCCACGUGUGACGAGACCUACAACCUCCCGCAGGGCGGGACCGUCAAGCUGUACAAGGAGAUCAAGUGUCCUCUGGACGACUUCGAGCUGGUGCUGUUCUCCACAGGGUCAAAGGGCAAGACCUACCCCCUGUGCCCCUACUGCUUCAACCACCCCCCCUUCCCAGACAUGAAGAAGGCUAUGGGGUGUAACCAGUGCACACACCCCACCUGCACCCACUCCCUCAUCAACAAUGGAGUGGCCCAGUGUGUGGAGUGUGAGGAUGGGGUGCUCGUCAUGGACCAGACGUCAGCACCCAAGUGGAAAAUGGCCUGCAACAAGUGUAACGUUGUAAUCAACGUGUUUGAGAACGCCCACAAGGUAAAUGUGUCGGCCUCAGAAGACUGCGAAGAGUGUGGAGCCUCCAUUAUUGAUGUGGACUUCAAUAAGGCCAAGUCACCACUAGAAGGGGGAGAGACACAGCACUCCGGGUGCAUCUUCUGCGACCCCAUCCUCACACCUCUUAUCGAGAAGCACUACGCGGCCACCAGACACCCAAAGUUCAAGGGGGGAGGGGGUCGAGGUCGUGGGCGGGGCCGGGGGAGGGGCAGAGGGCGUGGGAGGGGGAAACCCAAGAACAAGAUGGACCAACUGGCAGCAUACUUUGUGUAAAGCCUCAGUCACACAGUCAAAGAGCUUCCACCAUAUUUAGGUUUUUUAGUUUUGUUUAUUUGUUAUUUUUAGGCACACAGUAUUUCAUGGCCUAUGUACAGAGUGACAAUAGAUUCUCCAAAACUUGCUCGUAGAGAAAACGCCCGAGUGGGACAAGAGCCUAACUGUGUUAUUCCCAGACACCAGGAGGCGAGCUGCAAUGGAAUGUGUCAGCUUACGCCUCCUGACAUCAAAUGUAUUAACAUUGUAUCUGCACAGAGUCAGCUGUUACUGCUGGACCUGUAUUUGUUUAUUUCUCGUUUUAUUUUGUAAAAAUCUUAUUAGUCAUAGUUGCUGAUCACCAUGCAGAAGGUGGCUGAAUGGAAAAAAAGAUCACGAGUAUAUCAAUUUGUGUUUCGAAAUUACGUAUAUAUUACAAAUUUUGUACUUGACAAUAUUUGCUGAUCUAUACUGAAACAUGUAAAUAUAAAGUUUUUCAGUAGUACAUGUGUGGUAGUAUAAUAUAAUUGCAGUGCAAGUCCAGAUACUAAUAGUGCUAACUUAAAGUAUAUUACAAAUUCAUGCCCGACGGCCAACUGAAAGUACAUGUAACAUAUAGUAAUUAUGAGUGAAAAUUGAAUGAUAUCAAGAACUAGUUCCUACAUUAUACUACAUUCUGAAAUAUACGUAGUCUUGGUAGUUAAACCAGUCAGAAUUGCCCUGAGAAUGGUGACAGACGGUCACAGAAACGUCGGAGAAAAUAAAAUUGUGGUUGUUUAAAAGA